AUGUCUCCCUCUGUGAUUGUUUUCUGUGUUUGUUUAGCGGCCUGUGCGCAGGCAGCGAAGAUGCCACUGUUCCACACCGAAGACGCUGAGUAUCACUUCGAGCGCUUCAUACAAGACCACAACAAACAAUACGCGAGCGAGGAAGAGAAGCAAGCCAAGUUUGAAGUCUUCAAAGACAACUUGGAAAGAGCUAACGCUUUGAAUAAGCAAACCGAACAUACAACGUUUGGUAUUACCCGUUUCAUGGAUCUCACUAUGGAAGAAUUCCUCAGCCUCCACACUGGACUAAAUGCAGGUUUAAAUUUCACUGGAAAAUGUAAUAUAGUGACUGAUGUGCAGCUCCCUAAUGUGAAUGUGCCAGAGUCGUUUGAUUGGCGUCUACAGAAUGCAGUCACUAGGGUUAAGAACCAGCUUCAGUGUGGGAGCUGUUAUGCAUUCAGUGCAGCCGGAGCCGUUGAAGGCCAAUAUGCCAUCAAACAUGGUCAGUUGAUAGAAUUUUCUGAACAACAAACAGUGGAUUGUGAUAAAGAAUCCCUCGGAUGUGGUGGUGGUCUAAUGACAUCUGCAUUCAGUGCCAUGAUCAACGCAGGCGGCUUGGAGACAGAAUCUGACUAUCCUUAUAUUGGUAAAGAACAGUCUUGCCAAUUCCAAGCUGGCAAGGCAGCUGUCAGACUGACUGGCUGUACUAACUACCAUCUUAGUUCACAAGAACGGCUAAAGGAAUUAGUAGCCACCGUUGGACCGAUAUCUAUUGCUGUGCAAGCUGAAAGCUUCCUAACAUAUACGGGCGGUAUAAUGGAAGAUAACUUAUGCAAUGAGGGCGAAGUUAACCAUGCUAUUCUCCUAGUCGGGUAUGGAACAGAAAAUGGUCAACCAUACUGGAUUGCGAAGAACUCAUGGGAUACAACUUUUGGUGAAAGUGGUUACAUCAGGUUCCCUCGUGGGGAUAAUUAUCACUCUUGUGGUGUGAUGAAUCAGGGCAUGGCGUCUCCUAUAAUCGCAUAA